CCAAGCAAUCCCCAUCAACCUGCGGGUGUUUUGCAACGGUGCACCGCACGCACGCCGGGUAUCCAUUCCUUUCCAUGCAUGCCUUGCCUUGCCUGCUCGGCUCGCCCCGCUCGACGGCUCGAGCAAGCAACAACGAUACCCAGCACGUCACCAAUGCAAUAAUCCACACCCACCCUAUAUAUACAUAUAUAUUGUCGCUGCAUUGCAACCCCUGCUUAAGCUUAACGGUCGCAUACUGUUCGGCCAUGGAGAACCCAGGGUCGUUCGGCGCCGGCUGCCGCCUCCUCCUCGCCCUGCUGGUGAUCGCCUUCGCGCGCCCGUGCCAUUCCUCCCUGUACCACCUGCCGCCGCCCGUCAUGAUCUACCACGCCGGCGCGGUGCUCGACGGCGCCGUGCCGGUCUCCGUCCUCUACUACGGCGCCUUCUCGCCGCACCAGAAGGCCAUCGUGGCCGACUUUCUGCUCUCCCUCUCCCCGCGCGGGCGCCAGCCGCAGCACCACUGGUUCGGCGCGCCGGGCCCCGCCCCGGCGCCGUCGGUGGCGCGAUGGUGGGAGACCGUGGACCGGUACGUGCGCAAGGCCGACCGGGACCCGCCGCGGGUGCUGCUGGCCAGCCAGGUGCACGACGAGGCGUGCUCCCUUGGGAAGACGCUCUCCAGGCUCCAGGUUGAGCGGCUGGCGGUGCGCCUCGGCGUGGCGCCCGGGGGCGUGGCCGUCGUGCUCACGGCAGCCGACGUCGCCGUCGAGGGGCAGUGCAGCAGCGCGUGCGGGGCGCACGGGGCCUCCGCGCCGGGGGGCGCAGCGCACGUCUGGGUGGGCAACGCCGCCGUGCAGUGCCCCGGCCGGUGCGCGUGGCCGUUCCACCCCGCGGAGGGCGCGGCCUACGGCGCGCGACACGCGCCCGGGCGCAGCGGCCGCGGCGGCGAGACACUGCGCGCGCCGAACGGCGACGUCGGCGUGGACGGCAUGCUCGUCAAUCUGGCGGCGAUGCUAGCCGGCGCGGUCACCAACCCGUACGGCCACGGAUUCUUCCAGGGCGACCCUGGCGCACCGGUCGAGGUGGCGGCCGCGUGCCCGGGUGUCUACGGCCGCGGCGCGUAUCCGGGGUACCCCGGCGCGGUGAGGCUGGACACGGUCACUGGUGCGGGGUACAACGUUGUGGGCAGGAACGGCAGGAAGUACCUCGUGCCGGCGCUGGUCGACCCCGACAACUACUCCUGCAUCAUCAUGUCGUAGACCCAUCAGCUGAGGCUCGAUUGAAUUGCAGCCGUUAUACAUGAUGAGAGUUUAGGAGUUGGGGCCACGCAUGGUUGCUUGCUGAUGACAGCGCUUCAGCGCUGAAGCGCUGGUAUCUACUUCCUCCAUUUUAGAUUGUAGAUCAUUUUAACGAAUUUAGAUAUAUAACUUUCGCUAUGGACUUAGAUAUACACUAUAUCUAGAUACAUAAUUUAUGUAUUUAGAUUCGCCAAAACGACCUAUAAUUUAGAGCGGAGGUGCGCACGAUCUAAUGUUGCAUGUAAUUUGUCCCUAGGUGAUGAGUACUUGGAUUUAGUUGGAGUCGUAUAUAUACACCAUGAAUAAAAUUAUGACUAA